AGAUAAAUGCUUCCUCAAGCUGCUCUCCCUAGAGCUGCAAAGCUGAAAGUGUUGUACCAGCUGUGUCCCUGCUUCUGAGGAAACCUGUGCUUAAACCUGUGCACAGCCCAGCUUAAAGCCCAGCCUAAGCCCUUAAUAGCCACUAUGGCACCUGCUCUGUCCUCUUCCAAAUGUUCCUGGAUGCACCUCGUGCCCAGCUCACAAGGUUGGUGGUCAAACUGUAGUGGAGGUGCCUAAAAACAAAUGUAUGUUAUCUUUGGUUCUCCACCAAACCCUACAAAUCCAGCCAGGGGGAAAAUGCUUUUCCUGGAGCACAAAGGGUGGAAGGAAAAGGCUGUUAAUCCAAAUAAGAUAUGUUAAUAUUUGGAUCAUAAUAGAGGACUGAAGAUCAGGAGUUGUUGUGUUCUUUUCUGAAGAUAUUGGCAUUGUCCCUUUGCACUGAGCCUCUGUGUAAGCAGGACCAUGCCACUUUGUUCUUUUUUAUUACACAAAGAAAAGUGCUGGGUACUCCUGUGCUGAAUUAGAUGAAUCUGCCUGAUUCUGAACAGCUGCUCCAACUUUAGGUGGGAUUGGCCCCUAUGCAGAAGUUCCAGUUUUAAGAUCAGGUGUUUCCAGUAAACUUAGGUGAGCCCAUAGGAAAGGCUUUGGGUGGACUCCUGGUGCUCUAUUUACAGUAGAUCUUAUUUUCUGUUUGCUACAGCCACAUUUAUACUGAAACAAACUGUAUUGGUGUGUAUCUAAAGUUUCAUGGCACUUUGGGGACUUUAUUUGCUCUGGUCAUUCUUCACAGCAGCCAGGACAGUCUGGUUCCAACAUAAAUCCACCAGGAGAUGGCAGCGUUGGUUCGUGCAAGGAGUACCCGAAAGGUUGCCUGUCUCAUCCGGGUUCCAUCCGAGGUUGUCAAGCAAAGGGCCCAGGUUUCUCCUUCCUCGAGCACUCUCCGGAUCCUGUCCCACACCUUGUACCAUGAGGGUAUUCAAGGCCUUUAUCGGGGUUAUAAAAGCACCGUAUUAAGAGAGAUUCCUUUCUCUCUGGUACAGUUUCCCCUCUGGGAGUCCUUAAAGGAUCUCUGGUCAUGGAAGCAAGGUCACGUGGUGGAUUCUUGGCAGUCAGCAGUCUGUGGAGCUUUUGCAGGUGGAUUUGCAGCUGCAGUCACCACACCGCUCGACGUAGCAAAGACAAGAAUUAUGUUGGCAAAGGCUGGUUCCAGCAAUGCCAGGGGGAAUGUUCUGGCUGCUCUUGGUGGCAUCUGGAGGACACAAGGCCUGUCAGGCUUGUUCGCAGGUGUUGUCCCACGGAUGGCAGCCAUCAGCCUGGGAGGCUUCAUCUUCCUGGGGACAUACGAGAAGACUCGGCAGCUGCUGCUCUGAGCCAGCCCCGCCGGCCCUGCCCGGGGAGAAGCCGGAGGAGGAGCCGGGCUGGGAGCAGAGCCUUCCUCCCGCAGCCCUCUCAGCAGCUGUCCCGCCGGCUGAGAGCCACUCUCCCUGCUAGAGGAAAGUAAAUCCUCCAAUAAUCCAGUUUCCCAAACACGAAAUUUUCCUGCAUGGAGAGUGGGUGAGGUAAUUUUGAAGAGUUGUGCCAAAAAAGUAAUGUUUGGGGGGGUAAACAGCUAAUUACGGUGGCUGCAAAAGGCAUUAUUAGAACUCCUGCAGGGAAAGUGUUUUGGAAAGGUCUGGCUUGGGGGCUGAGUGGGGAGGCUGAAAUAAAGCAAGUUUUCAUCA